AUGGGAGGGUGUCUAUUUAGAAAGAACAACCAUAACAAUAAGAAAGAAAAUGUCUAAGUUUAUUAUCAACUUUCUCAGGGUUCUGAAACUAAUAAUUUAAUGGAUGAAAUAGAAGAUGUAAAAGAAGUAGAGAAUAUCAAAAAUUGGGAGAUAUUAUAAAUUACUUAAAUGAAUCAUAAAUGUGUCAUUCUCAAAAAACCAAGCUUAUUUUCUUUUAAUUAUAAAGUAAUUGAGAUUUAAGGAGAUGAAAAUUCAAUGUAUUUAGAAAUUCACAAAUAAUUAUAGUAUUCUUUAAUUUAAUUAAGGCAAUCUAUUAAUUAUUUUGUUGGAGCAGUGACAAUAAAUAGUAUCUGUUAUCUAGUAUUACGAAUCAUGCAAGGUUUAGCAGCUUAAGUUUCGGUCUAGGAAAUGUAAUGUAUUAAAAUAUUAUUUUCCAGGUUUGGACAUAGGAGAAAAUAUUGAAAGUACAAUUAAAACUAGAUAUGAAGAGAAGUUUAUUUGUGUUGGAGUUAUCUACUUAAAUGAAAUGGUCAUUUUAGUAUUUAGACAAUUUCUACUCAAAAUUAAAUGCCCCAUUAUAUAAUAAUUUUAGACUUUAGAUUAAAAUACCACAUGCAUUUUUUCAUAUCAAAAUAUGCUAUAUCAAUUGAUAAAAUAAAUAUGA